GAUCCAACAUGGCGGCCUCCGCAGCAUCGCGUGAGCUCCUCACGGAGGCAGUGAGAGCGGUUCUCCACACGUGGCCGGUUCUACAGAUCGCCGUGGACAACGGGUUUGGAGGCGUGUACGGGCAGCAGAAAGCUGAUUGGAUGGUGGGUGUAGUCCAGCAGUAUUUCCAUGACAAUGCUGACCUGCAGCAGUGUGAGGUGGAGGACUUCAUUGCUGAACUGAUGGAUCAGGAGUUUGACACAGUGGUGGAUGAUGGGAGUUUACCUGAGGUGUGUGACAGUCUGCUACAGGCGUUCAGUCAGUGGCAGCAGGGGGCGCUACAGCAGCUCCAACACUCCAUCAGCUCUCUCACACAGAACAAGAGUCAGAGGGCAAAGGUCACAGCUCCGCCCACACAUUCUGAUGAAGACAGCAAUGAUGAAACACAGGUGAUGGAGUGUGAAUCCUCCAGUUCAUCAGUCAGUAGCCGAGAUCCUCCUCCUCCUGAUGAAGAGGCCGGCUGGACGGUUGUGCGUAAGAAGAAGUGAUGAGGAAGACGUAGCGCAGAAUGAACUAUUGAACUCAGAAUCAGCUGACAUUUCACUUUUAGGAUGGGUCUGUGUGCGACAACCCCAUCCUAACCCUAACAAAGGUGUCUUAAUGGAGGUGUGGAAGACAAGAAAAUGGACCUGAAGAGAGAAGCUUCAUCUCCCUGACUUCCUCUUGUUCCUCUGGUUGUUUUUAUAUUAAACCUGUUGACUUUACUGUGGUGUGUCCUCACUCUAUAGUCUGACUGUUACUCUAUAUUAUGACAUAUAUUUGACCUUCACUUCACACAAUGACGCAUCACAUUGUACUAGGGCUGAAUGUCUUUUAGUUUCAUUCAGAGCUUUUGAUGUUUCCAAUGUUUCAAAAAUGGGUGAAAGUAUGUUGUCAUCGUAUUCUAUGUCAUAAAAGUGAAAAAAAGAAUCAUGAUAUGAAGUCAUAGCAUGUACAUUAGAAUCAUGGGCAAUAGAUGAAUA